AUGAUAGUUGCUGGUGUUAAGCAUACUUCGGGAAAAAAGAAGGUUCGUGGGCCCACAUUACUAAAAGAAAUUUGGAAGUUGCCUCCAGGGAAGACAAUCGCUGUGCAGUUCAAUAGUCGUAACCAAGCCAUUAAGAAAGAUGGUCGCAAGCUUGCAAGCUUUCUAGGAUUUGUUGCUAGAACUCCAGAACUAACGUCGUUACAUAUACAUGAUUGGAGAAGCUUUGACAAAGACGAAAAGAAGAAAUUGGUAGAGUUUGUGAGAAAGAAGUUUUCUGUACCAACGUGUGGAGAAGAGUUUGUCAUAAAGUCAAUCCGAAAGAAAUGGAAAGAUUACAAAUGUGAUUUAAAAAGUGUUUAUCUGACAAAAUUUAAGACCAAUGAUGUGUUGUUGAAGAAUAAACCGAAUCGUAUACCAAGGGAUCAGUGGACUGGUCUAGUUUCCUAUUGGGUUUCAGAAAAAGCUAAGAGGCGCAACCAAACAAACAGAAACAAUAGGGCGAAGCAAAAGAUGCCACAUACAGGAGGAUCAAAAAGUAUUGCCACCUUGAUGGAUGAGAAGGCUGAAAAUGGGGUUGAGCCUACACGAGCACAGGUUUUUAUAUUAACUCAUAGACCACGUAAGGAUGGUAGACCACUGGAUGAGGAGUCUUCAAAGACAAUUGUUCCCGAUGCCAACAGUGGCCAUGAACGGGGACAACUAUCACCACAUAUGUUGUUUAAAGGACAGAGUGUUGCUGAAAAUGUUCCAUCUUCUCACGGUCAUACAGUAUGAUGUUCGAAUACCAUGUGGAAAAUUUCAAUAUUAUGAAGAGUUGCUGGAAUUGUUGGAGGGCUAUGCAUUUAGAAACUUCUUGUUGCUAGUAUUUGACAGGAAUUGUUAUAAUGACCUUAGUUAUUUAGUUUAAACACAUUAUAUUAUCUUUUAGUUCGCUAGUUACAUUAGUGUUAUGAGUUAGUACUUGCUUUUGUUUAUCUUGAGUUAAUGAUGUGUAUUGC